AUGAACUCACCUGUGGACCCUGGCGCUAGGCAGGCGCUGAAGAAGAAGCCGCCAGAGCGGACGCCCGAGGACUUAAAUACUAUUUAUUCUUAUCUUCAUGGAAUGGAAAUAUUAUCAAAUCUCAGGGAACAUCAGCUUCGAUUGAUGUCUACAAGAGCACGCUAUGAGAGAUACAGUGGCAAUCAAGUUCUUUUUUGUUCAGAAACUAUUGCCAGAUGUUGGUAUAUCCUGCUUUCUGGAUCUGUGCUUAUGAAAGACUCCAUGGUUUUGCCUCCUUGCAGUUUUGGUAAGCAGUUUGGAGGAAAAAGAGGAUGUGAUUGUCUUGUAUUAGAACCUUCAGAAAUGAUUGUGGUAGAGAAUUCCAAAGAUAAUGAAGAUAGUAUUCUACAAAGAGAAAUUCCUGCCAGACAGUCUCGAAGACGGUUUCGGAAAAUUAAUUGUAAAGGAGAACGCCAGACUAUUACUGAUGAUGUGGAUGUUAACAACUAUCUUUCUCUUCCAGCCGAUCUUACCAAGAUGCACAUUGCAGACAACCCUCAUCCACAGGUGACUCAUGUGUCUUCUAGUCAGUCUGGUUGUAGCAUCGCCAGUGACUCUGGAAGCAGCAGUUUAUCUGAUAUCUAUCAGGCUACCGAAAGUGAGGUAGGAGAUGUCGAUUUAACACGUCUUCCAGAAGGACCUGUUGAUUCUGAAGAUGAAGAAGAGGAAGAUGAAGACAUUGAUCGAACAGAUCCUCUGCAGGGGCGGGAUCUUGUCCGAGAAUGUCUUGAAAAAGAACCUGCAGAUAAAACUGAUGAUGACAUUGAACAAUUGCUGGAGUUUAUGCACCAGCUCCCUGCUUUUGCAAAUAUGACUAUGUCUGUAAGGAGAGAACUCUGCUCAGUGAUGAUUUUUGAAGUGGUAGAGCAGGCUGGAGCUGUUAUUCUUGAAGAUGGGCAAGAGCUUGAUUCAUGGUAUGUUAUUUUAAAUGGCACUGUGGAAAUCAGUUAUCCAGAUGGAAAAGUUGACAAUCUCUUUAUGGGAAAUAGUUUUGGAAUCACACCCACUCUGGAUAAACAGUACAUGCAUGGAGUUGUUAGGACUAAAGUAGAUGACUGUCAGUUUGUCUGCAUAGCCCAGCAGGAUUAUUGGAGAAUUUUAAAUCAUGUUGAAAAAAAUACCCAUAAAGUUGAGGAAAAGGGAGAAAUUGUUAUGGUACAUGAGCAUCGUGAACUGGAUCGAAGUGGAACCAGGAAAGGACACAUUGUAAUUAAGGGAACACCUGAGCGUCUCAUCAUGCAUUUAAUAGAAGAACAUUCCAUUGUGGACCCAACUUAUAUAGAAGAUUUCCUAUUAACUUAUAGAACAUUUCUUGCAAGUCCUUUGGAUGUUGGGACCAAACUGUUGGAAUGGUUUAAAAUUGACAGCUUAAGGGAUAAGGUAACACGGAUUGUAUUAUUAUGGGUAAAUAAUCAUUUCAAUGAUUUUGAAGGUGAUCCUGCUAUGACUCGAUUUCUAGAGGAAUUUGAAAAAAAUCUGGAAGAUACAAAAAUGAAUGGUCAUCUCCGGUUAUUGAAUAUUGCGUGUGCUGCAAAGGCUAAAUGGAGACAGGUUGUUCUGCAGAAAGCUUCCCGGGAGUCGCCUCUGCAUUUCAGCCUAAGUGGAGGGAGUGAGAAGGGAUUUGGUAUUUUUGUUGAAAGUGUGGAACCUAGUAGCAAAGCUGCUGAUGCAGGACUGAAACGUGGUGAUCAAAUAAUGGAAGUAAAUGGACAAAAUUUUGAGAAUAUAACAUUUGUGAAGGCCCUUGAAAUUUUGAGGAAUAAUACUCAUCUUGCACUUACUGUAAAGACCAACAUUUUUGUGUUCAAAGAGUUACUUAGUAGGACUGAACAAGAGAAAUCUGGUGUUCCUCAUAUUCCCAAAAUUGCUGAAAAAAAAAGUAAUCGCCACUCAAUCCAGGAUGUACCAGGAGAUCUUGAACAGACAUCACAGGAGAAAGGAAAUAAGAAAAUAAAAGCAAAUACUGUUUCAGGUGGAAGAAACAAAAUCAGGAAAAUUUUGGAUAAAACACGAUUUAGUAUCUUGCCUCCAAAACUGUUUAGUGAUGGAGGCCUGAGCCAGUCACAGGAUGACAGCAUUGUGGGGACGAGACACUGCAGGCACAGUCUGGCCAUAAUGCCUAUCCCUGGAACACUGUCGUCCAGCAGCCCCGACCUCCUCCAGCCUACCACCAGCAUGCUGGAUUUUUCUAAUCCCUCAGCUAUUGGUUUGUACUAUAUUCCUGAUCAAGUUAUAAGAGUUUUCAAAGCAGAUCAGCAAAGUUGCUACAUUAUCAUCAGUAAAGACACUACAGCUAAAGAAGUUGUUUGUCAAGCUAUUCAUGAAUUUGGUUUGACUGGUGCAUCUGACACAUACUCUCUUUGUGAAGUUUCUGUUACUCCUGAGGGUGUUAUAAAACAGAGAAGACUUCCAGACCAAUUCUCCAAAUUAGCUGAUAGAAUUCAGCUCAAUGGAAGGUAUUAUUUGAAAAAUAAUAUGGAAACAGAAACCCUAUGUUCAGAUGAAGAUGCUCAAGAGCUAGUUAAGGAAAGCCAGCUAUCCAUGCUACAACUAAGUACUAUUGAGGUGGCCACUCAGCUGUCAAUGAGGGACUUUGAUUUAUUUCGUAAUAUUGAGCCUACUGAAUAUAUUGAUGACCUUUUUAAGUUAGAGUCCAAAACAGGAAAUACUCACUUGAAAGAAUUUGAAGACAUUGUAAACCAAGAGACAUUCUGGGUUGCCUCAGAAAUUUUAACUGAAUCAAAUCAGCUUAAACGAAUGAAGAUUAUUAAACAUUUUAUUAAAAUUGCACUUCAUUGUCGAGAAUGUAAGAACUUCAAUUCCAUGUUUGCAAUAAUAAGUGGUUUGAACUUGGCAUCUGUAGCACGACUCAGAGGUACUUGGGAAAAGUUACCAAGCAAGUAUGAGAAACACUUCCAAGAUCUGCAAGACCUUUUUGAUCCAUCCAGAAACAUGGCAAAAUACAGAAAUAUUCUUAGUAGUCAAAGCGUGCAGCCUCCAAUUAUUCCACUGUUUCCUGUUGUCAAGAAAGAUAUGACAUUUCUACACGAAGGAAAUGAUUCCAAAGUUGAUGGUUUGGUAAAUUUUGAGAAACUCAGAAUGAUUGCCAAGGAAAUUCGUCAGGUUGUUCGAAUGACUUCUGCUAACAUGGACCCAGCUAUGAUGUUCCGACAGAGGAAGAAGAGGUGGCGGAGUCUGGGGUCACUGAGUCAAGGCAGCACAAAUUCAAACAUGCUGGAUGUUCAGGGAGGUGGUCACAAAAAGAGGGCACGCCGUAGCUCUCUGCUUAAUGCCAAGAAGCUUUAUGAAGAUGCCCAAAUGGCAAGAAAAGUGAAGCAGUAUCUUUCCAGUCUGGAUGUGGAGACAGAUGAAGAGAAGUUCCAGAUGAUGUCAUUGCAGUGGGAGCCUGCAUAUGGUACCUUGACCAAGAAUUUAAAUGAGAAAAAAUCAAUGAAGUCAUCAGAAAUGUCUCCGGUGCCAUUGAGGUCAGCUGGCCAAACAACUAAAGCUCAUUUGCAUCAGCCCCACAGAGUAAGCCAGGUGCUUCAGGUGCCAGCUGUAAAUUUGCACCCUAUCAGGAAGAAGGGCCAAGGAAAAGACCCUGCCACAUUGAGUGCAGGUUUACCUCAGAAAGUUUUAGGAACAGCUGAAGAAGUAAGUGGUGGUAAGAAACACACAGAAGAUACUAUUUCUGUGGCAUCAUCCUUACAUUCCAGCCCUCCUGUGUCUCCUCAGGGUUCCCCCCGCAAAGGUUAUACACUUAUACCAUCAGCUAAAUCUGACAACUUGUCUGACUCCAGCCACAGUGAGAUUUCUUCCCGGUCCAGCAUUGUGAGCAACUGUUCUGUUGACUCCAUGUCUACAGCUCUACAGGAUGAACGGUAUUCCUCCCAGGCUGUGGCAGUCCCUGAAUCCACUGGAGCAUUGGAAAAGACAGAGCACUCCUCAGGGAUAGGAGACCAUAGUCAGCUUGGCCCUGGGUGGACACUCUCAAAGCCAUCUCUGAUCAACAAGAGUUUAGCUGUCUCAUCUUCUGUGAGCAGUGAAGAGAUUUCUCAUGAGCACAUCAUUAUAGAAACAGCUGAUAGUGGUCGUGGAAGUUGGACUUCCUGCUCAAGCAGUUCCCAUGACAACUUCCAAAGUCUUCCAAACCCCAAAGGCUGGGAGUUUUUGAACUCUUACCGACCUACGCAUUUGGACGGUCCCAUAGCUGAAGUUGAACCCACUGACUGUGAGCACUACAGCUGUCCCAAAGGCUGUUCUCGAACUUGUGGUCAGUGUAAAGGAAGCCUAGAGACUAAUCAGAUGAGACAGAGUUGGGCUUCCUCUAGUUCUCUGUCUGACACAUACGAACCAAACUAUGGGACAGUUAAACGGAGAGUGCUGGAGAACACCCCAGCUGAAUCAUCUGAAGGCUUGGACCACAAAGAGGGCAUCGAUCCAGUUUAUAAAACUGUUACUUCAAGUACAGAAAAGGGCUUGAUUGUGUACUGUGUCACCUCACCCAAGAAGGAGGAUAGGUAUAGGGAGCCACCUCCCACUCCUCCAGGAUACAUGGGGAUUUCUUUAGCGGACCUAAAGGAAGGACCCCACCUCCACCUAAAACCUCCAGAGUAUAGUGUGGCGGUGCAGAGGUCAAAGAUGAUGCAUAACAGCCUCUCUAGACUGCCACCAGCUUCUCUCAGUAGCAGCCCUGUGGCCUGUGUUCCAUCGAAGAUUGUAAUUCAGCCUCAGAGGCAUAAACCAGAUGUGACUGAUGCAGAUAGUGAAGCAGAUGAAAAUGAACAAGUUUCAGCAGUGUAGCCUUUGUAUUGACCUGGUUGAAGUCUACUGAAAGUCCUGGAA